AUGGUCGUUGAAGACAAAUUGAGGAUUUCAGAAACUGGAUUCGGUGGAAUGAUGGAAGUGCAAGAAAACUUAUCAGAAGACAAACUUCAAUUAUUUUUGACGAAGUGACCGGAUGAAAUGAACAACCUCGAAAUUGUCGGUUUUUAUUGGGUUAGUUUUUUGAAAUCAAAUAAAAAUCAUCGCAGAAUCAAUAUAUUUCGCUCUUUUUUGCUUCAAAGAAAAAAUCAUGGGUAAAAGUUUCUUUUGGGCCGAAAAUAUUAUCAUAAAAUAAUUCUUCACACCCUUCAGAUUCCAAAUGCAAAUAUUGGAAGUGACGAAACGUUGAGAGGCGAAGAGUUGUGUCGAAAUUUUUGCGAAGAAUUGAAAAUCAAAUUUGAUCUUCUGGAUGAAUUUUCAUUGGAAGUUCAGCAACAACAAUUGGACAGUGACAACGCAAUGGAGCAGUUGAUUAGUGAGUUGGUGAAAGAAUCGAAAAGAAUAAGAUUGACAAUUGAAAAAAGAGUAAGUUCUGACUGAUUAUCAAAAUAUGUUUGGUUGAUGUAAACAUUUUCAGGUUUUGCUGGCUGAAUAUUUAUUGACAAAGGAGCAUGUGAUCGGAUCAAUUUUCGAGCAAAGAACUUGGCGGAAACAUUUGGAAGACGCCAUCGACCCAGAUAUUGUGAAGGUAAGAAAAAUGAAUUGAGUGAAUGAUAAUAACCUAUUUUUUUAAAGGUAAUAUGGCAUCCGAUAUUUGUUAUUGUUCAUUUCGCGCAAAUCAAAGAACAGUUGCUUGAAAAAGGAAAAGGUGCGACCAAAGACAUCAUCACCAAAAUUGUUCAAAAAAUGCACGACAAAAAUCAUUCGGAAGCCGAUGAAAUUCUUGGAAAAAUUGGAAAGAUGAAAACAGCAGCGGGUGUUUCGGUGAGUUUUUUUUUAUUAUUAUCAUUAUUUGUAAUCUCAAAAAUGUAUUUUUCAGGCGCAUGUAUCGAAAGUGUUCACUUUUAUGUCACGAGGUAACGGAAAACAUGAUGAGCAAAACAUUUUGAUCGAAUAUCCCUUCAUCGAUGCGCAAGAAUUUUUGAGGUGGGUGGACUUUUUUUUAAUUCAAAAAAAAUCAAAGAAUUUUUCAGAGAAAUGGACACUCGUCCAAGUCGAGGAAUUAUUGCGAUAACAUCCGAGCUGCAAAAGUAUUUCGAGAAGAAGAAGUUGGCUGUCGAUCCAGAAACAUGCACAAUUCCAGUUGUUGGCGGCUCGUCCAGCCAUAAAUUGACAAAUCUCGAAGGACUACAACUUUUCUUCAAAAUCAAAUCACCGGACAGCACUCGAUUGACUAUCAAUCCAUCUUCUGGUUUUAUUGAUUCAUUUGGUUCAACAAAUAUCAUCAUCACCCGCACACCAGAAGAGGACAUCGAAAUAGUUGAACCAAACGAGGAAAACGUUGUUAUAUAUUUUGCUCCAACUUCAGCCGAUGCAAUUCACAAUUUUCAACCAGCCGGAUCUAUAACUAUUCAAGUGUUGACUGAUCCGAAAACUUGA